UUUGUUUCACACUAUUUUGUAUAUCGUCUUUCAUGACCUUGUAACUUAAUAUAGAAUCAUUUUUUAUAGCUAUUAGGAUAUUUUCAAUGUAUAUUUUUCAACUUAUCAUGCCAAUUUUUUCCUGACUGCUUCAUAAAAAUGGGAAAAUCAAGACUUGCUUAUUCAAAAGAAGAUGAUCUGUCUAUUGUUCAAUUUUUACUUGAAGGCAAUUAUUUAAAUAAAGGUCACUUGGGCUUUUCUCUUAACUUAUGGAAGGAAGCUGAAAAAAAAUGUGUAACGCAACAUAGUGCAGAGUCCAUGCGUAACAGGUUUCGUCGAUACCUAUACAAAAAUCUUUCUAAAUUGAAAAAAUCAAUUCUUACAUCCCAGGACAAAAAGAUCUCUUGGUUAUCUUCGACUCAUAAGCCUCUUGCGAAAUCACAGGACGACGCGUUAAAUUCGCCUUUACAAAUGAUUCCGUCUCCAUCGGAAUCUUAUUCUGUGUCUUCCAAUGUGACGUCACAGGAACUUCAUUCAGAACAAUUGAAACAAGAUUGUUCCAAAACUCAUGACAUAUUGGAUUCAUCUUGUCAUUUAAAUGAACCGGAGAACCAUUCCCAAUCAUUACAAGCUUUACAACUGUCUAAUUGUUCUUUGUCAACUGAAACCGUUUCUAAUUUUCCGAAAUUGAUAUCUAACGAUGAUUCAACGUUUUCUCAACAUUCUGAACCUCCUGAAAUUCCUCCAACCUGUGACAAUGAUGUUUUGGAGAGUUUUAGUGAAAACAUGUGGAUUUCAGUCUCUUAUGCUUUAUAUUCUUUUCUUCAUUAUGUGUCUUCUUGUUAUGGAAUCACCUGGAACGAUACCCUAGACAUUCUUCUUGUCACUAAGGGUGACCCUCAACAACUUCUUUCUAUACUCGCCAAUGAGCCAUCAAUUGCAGCAACCCUUCGUGCGUUUCCUGGAAAAGUUUUAUUUCCUUCGACAAACCCAUUUCACCCCUUUAAUCCGUCGAUACGUGUAGGGCCAGCGUUAUCCUCUACCAUACUUGAUAGUUUUCUUUCAAAUACCACCACAACCACUCAAAUUGAAUAGUUCACUCAAAAAAAAAAAAAACCUGAAUUUAUCAAAUAACGCCGUUUUAUUCUAUCAUGUUCCUGCAACGUUUUUAUUUAAAAUACUUAUUCCGUUGAAUUAUUUUUCCGCAAUAGAAACAAUUAAUAUAUUGUUCAUUUGAGCCAAAACCAAUGUUACAUUCGUUUCUAUGAUUUUUGUUUUAAUUAAAAAAUUGAAUCAAUUGACAAACUCAUCCACGCAUUUAUUAAACAUUACAAAGUAAAACUUUUUGAUUUUGAAAAAUUACUAUUUUUCCUGGAGACAAAAUUACACUUUUUGUUGACUCAAAAUAAAAUUUUGGAACUUAGUCUAUUAGGGCAGCCGCCAAAAAUGUCGAAAAUCAAUCUCAAACAUUUUAACGAUUCCUGCUUCGCAAUACUCUUAAAAUUGUCUUGUAUGGAUUUCUUUUUGUGCUUGAUAGAAAAUAGAAAAGGUACAGUGGUGAAUCCAGUAGAGUAGCUUAUUCAUGACAAAUUACCAAUGAAUGUAGCAUUGAGGUAUUUUACAACACUCUCAGUCAGCUGCCUUAGUUUCACUUUUUAAAAUCAAUGAAAGAAAUAGAAUUAUUAAAUCAAAAGUUAAGUCAAACGAUUUCAAAAACAGAGUCGUUUUUCAAUUCACAAAACACUAGCUUGUGCAGUCGCUUGAAUGAUUCGGAUAGUACUGAAACAAAUCACAGUAAAAAGACGUCAUGUGAAAAUUGGAAUAUACAAA